AUGAAAACUCAGGACCCAUUGAAUUCUAUUGUCUUACUUAAAACACUGGGAGCCCUCAUUUACAAACAAUCCUUUCUACGAAUCACACGUUCUAACGAUAAGUCGUAGAUGAUAAAUAUCACAAAACAAUGAGCCAAGAAAAUUUUCCGCUUCCAAGUGUAGAAACACAAGCCGCAACUGAUGAAGGAGGUCCUCCAUUACCGCAAUCACCUGAAAACGUUGAGGAAAAUGUGAAAGAAACCAAAGAGGUUCAAGAGUCCCAGCGCUGCAGUAGUUCGAGGAUUUUAAAUCGGGAACAUAAAUAUAAGCAGCCAGAAUGCAAAGCAUCGAGAUCAGUGAAAAAAAGGAAAAGGGCAAGGAUCCAUAAACGGAAAAGCACUCUUUACGGAGAUCGCGCUGUGAACUGUACCAAGUGCGGAACUGUCACGAUCUAUUUUCCGGCCCGCACCAAGUUUUUCUCAUGUGCCGAGAUAGAUGGUCGAUUGUUCAAGGUGAAACGGAUCUCGUCCAGAAAAGUACUUGGUGGUGCUUACCGCAAGCAACCUAUGAAGCGUUCGAAAUUACCGUGUUAAAAAUUGUUGUCUACGUUUAGGAAACAAACGUACAAAAUUUACUUGAAAUGAAGUCUUAAGAUUUUUACUUGAACGUAAUUUUCUAACUAAUUGUAUAACUUUUUAUCUAAAUUAUUCGUACUAGACUUGUUAAAUAAAAUGCCUGACUACUGAAU